UUUUUGUAUCUAAUCCUUUCCAAUCCACGUCCAAGUAAAAACAACAAAGUAAAAAAAAGAUGAACACUCCAAUAAAACUCACCUUUCUCAUUCUCUGCAUCGCCCUAACCGCAACCGCAUUCGUAGUCCCAGCCAAACGUGCCGACGUUACACCAGAACACGAAAAAACCGUCGCAGGAAUCUGCAGCGUUGUCGAAGACAAAAAUCUUUGUAGCAUAACCUUGAAAACCGUCCCAAGCAAUGACCCCGCCUUCUUGGUCCGUUACUUAGCCACAGCCGCAGAAUCCUCUGUUAAAAAGGGCUUGAACUUCCUCUCUGAAAUCAAACCCAAGUACAAAGGAAACUCAUUCGCCACAAACUGCAUCACUGGUUGUGAGAAACAGCUAAACAACGCCUUGGAAGACUUUGCAGAUUUCUGGAAAGCCGCGGGAAAAAACAUAACAAGCAUGGCUGAUAAUUACUUCACAUGCAAGAAGAAGAUGACUUCGAUCUUCACGUACCACUCCACUUGUCUCGAUGACAUUUACGACAAAACGUUGUUGAAAGAGGUUCAAGGAGGGAUAGGGCUUGGGAAAAGAAUGAGUGGUGAGUCAGUGGAUGUGUUCGCUGGAAUGGACAAAGUCUUUAACACUUUAAACAUUAAGACCAAACUUAACCAGCAAGAUACCGAUUCGUUGCUCCCACCACCAUUGUCGUUUUACUACACUUGAUUUAUUUAUUAACAUACAUAUUCUUAUACAUAUAAAAACAAAGACAAAUGUGCAUCGAUUGGGUUUUUCAGAUAUUUUAGGGAUCUUUUAAGGGUUCCUUUUUGAUGUAUAUUUGUAAGUAAUAUGUUAUGGGUGAUAAUCAUGUAAGGACCUCGUGGUUGGAAAGGAUAUGGGGAAAAAAUGUGAUUAUUAUCUAAUAAAAACAAACUUCUUUUUUAAUAAACUUAACUAGUAACUUAUUUGGUAUAUUUAUGCCCUUUAUUUUAUGUAUGUGUAUACACACAGAAAAAUAAACAACUUAGAAAUUUUCUGACUACCAAAAAAACUUAGAAAUUUUCAUCUAUUACGAUAGUAAGCAUGCACAUAGUAUAAUACAACAUAACUAGGUAAAGAUCUAUACCUUGCUCGGAAUAAAUAUGAUAUACACUAUUUUUCGAAACUAUUACUUUGGUUCAUACCAAAUAAUUAGAAUAUAUACCGUUUCAUAAUAAAUUAUAUAUUGUACUCCAAUAUAUGGCGUUUAGUAAUAGAUCAGUAGAUGAAAUGAUUCAUAAAUAGAUAAAACAUACUACAUAUUUUUCAUUCAAAAAAAAAAAAACAUACUACAUAUAUUACAUCUAUAG